AUGGCGUCAACAAAGUCCAAGCCGAUUGUAGUGGCCACAGCGUUUCCUGCCGCCGGCCACGCCGCCGGGUUGACCAAAAUCUCCGCUUAUCUAGUCCAGAACGGGUACACUGUCUAUUUUAUUACCGGCUCUGAACUGAAGCCCGGCAUCGAGAAGACGGGCGCUCAGUUCAUCGAAAACCCAUGGGACUGGGAGAAGGUGCACGCCUCGCGGCCGGCCGAUGCCGAUGUGAUGUGGGAUUUGCGGCAUCUUUUCGCCGAUUCGACUCACGAUUCCCACCGUGUGCUCAAGGACACGCUGGAGCGUGUCCGUCGAGAAUAUCCCGACCGCGAGGUUCUCCUGCUCCAUGAGAGCCUUUCCUGCAGCCUCUCUCCUUUUGCAUAUGGCGCGCCCUUGCCCGAAGGAUACACCUCAUUCCCCAAAGUGAUCAACUUUCAUACCAGUAUCAACAUCACGGAGGACGGUAGCGUCCCUCCGUUUGGUCCCGGCAUCCCCUACGACCCAACACCCGAGAACUUGGCUCUCUGGAAGCAGAUGGCAGGGGGGUUCAAAGCCGUAACCGGAUCUGUUGUUACCCAUUGGGAGGGCAUCCACAAGACUCUUGGUACCACUCGACCGAUCACAGGCGGAUUGUUCGACUUCAUCUUCGACCUGGGCGAUGUUACUGUCUUCGCUGCUAGCCCUAGCUUAGACUACCCCAUGAGCAACCCAUCCCCCAGGAUGCGGUUCAUCGGUGGCCUCCCCCUGCAGCGCCCGGACGCAAAGUUUGUCUAUCCCACUUGGUGGCCAACCAUCACAGCCAAUGCAGCCCUUCCCGCCGGCUCUCCAGACAAGAAGAAGGUCGUCUUCGUCACCCAGGGAACUGCCCAUCUGGACUACGAUGAUCUCCUCCUCCCAACCAUCAAGACUCUUGGCGACCGCUCCGACCUCAUCGUGGUUGCCACCCUCGGAGUCCGCGGAGCCACCCUCAAGACGAGCGACGGCGCUCCUGCACCCAUCCCCGCCAACACCUUGGUCAUCGACUACCUUGCCUACGAUGCGUUGCUGCCCUACGCCGAUGUCUUUGUCACCAACGCCGGCUACGGCGGCUUCAUGCACGGCAUCAUGAACGGCGUACCCAUGGUCCUGGCCGGCACAGUCGCUGACAAGGCCGAGGUGAGCGCGCGCGCCGAGUGGAUCGGCGUUGGGGUCAACCUGCGGACGCAGAAAGCGACGGAGGAGGCGAUCCGCGCGGCUGUGGAGAAGGUGCUUAGUGAAGAAGAAGGGCCCAAGUUUAAGGCGAAGGCAUUGGAGCUGAAGAAGGAGAACGAGGACUUGGAUUCCCUGAACGCCUUUGAGGGAAUUAUCGCGGAGUUGACGGGGAGGUAA